AAAAUUAGUCGAUUCUUCGUUUUCUUUAAUUAUUGAUCUCUUUUUCUCAUCGACAUUGAUAAAAUAUUUUCCUUUUUAAACACAUUUAGGGUUCGUGACUUUUCUGCUCCAAAUCAAUGUGGAGAAUUACUUCAGAUUUUUUUUUUUAUUUCGAUGUUAUUUUUCAAUGUUUAAACUAAUAUCUUGUCCAGUUUCUCGUUGAAUAAAUUUUCUAUUAAUUUUCCAUUUAAUUUCCUCCGUAAUUUCUUUAUUUUUGUGUUCAAUUCUGGAAUUCUUUUGUGGGAUUCAUUUUCUAAUUAAAACCAAGCAAUUUGCCGAAUUUGGAGAAAAAGGGCCGUAUUUUGAUCUAUGUUCUUUAUCGAUAUAAUUUUUUUCUUCUCCUAAAUGGACAACUUUCUGGCAAGUGUUGUUGAAAUUAUCCGAGUAUGUUUUCACUCAAUAUAAUUUGACGCUUUGAAUUUUUCUAUUUUCUGUUGGAGCAAUUCUGCAUUGAUUGAAGUGGAGAUAAUAAGCUGCCAUGCGGGGAUAUGAAAGAGAUGAUAUUGAAGAUUAUGAUGAAUAUGAGGAGGAAGGAUAUGAACAAGGGGAAGAAGGCGAGGAAGAGGAAUAUGAGGAGGAAGAAGAGAGAAAGCCAACUGCAGAGGAACUUGAGUAUCUUGAAUUAAGGGCACGAAUUAAAGAGAGAAUAAGGAAGAAAAUGCAAAGGGAAAAUGGUUCUACUGCUGUUUCUAAGUCCCAUGAUAUAAAGAAAAAAGUUCCUUCUGAUAAUUAUGGAUCAUUCUUUGGUCCUUCUCAGCCAGUUAUUGCCCAAAGAGUAAUUCAAGAAAGCAAGUCAUUCCUAGAAAACCCACAUUUGGCAUCCAGAGUUACAAAUUCCCAUCAUGAAAAAAAGACCUCUUCUUCAACUGGCACAGGUUCAAAGAAUGGAGUUCAUCAGCCACUACCCAAAGUCAAAAAUGAGCUAAAAACGAAAGUGCAGAAACUUAAGGAUACAAGAGAUUACUCCUUUCUGUUGUCUGAUGAUGCAGAACUUCCAGCCCCUUCCAAACAGUCAAUACCUCAAACUGUCACUGCUCCAAAAUCUGAGGCACGAUCUGCACAAGUGCCACAGAAGAGUAAACAGCCAUCAGGUAGCAGUGUCAGAGGCAGUCGUGAAGAAAGGAAACCAAUUCCUAUGAAUGGCCAAAUGCAUUCUAAAUUGGGGUUGCAUAGGUCAGUUUCUUCCAGCAAACCAGCUUCAACAACAAUGGAUUCGAGAAGGCAGCUUGGUAGCAACAAUGGGUCUGGGCCUGGCCGGCCCACAGGGUCAAAAGGAUUGCCUCCAAAAAUGCCUCUUAGCACUAUGGAGAAGAAAUCCUUUGCACCAGUUGCAAAAUCAAUCCUUCCUGCUUCACAUAAACCUCCUGCUCCAAAGAUGCAAUCUUCUGUUCCAAGGCAAAAAGUUGAACAGAAACGGGCAUUACCUGAACCCAAAAAAAGUGUAACAAUGCCAAAUAAGCCAGUGGCUCCUGCAAAAAAACCACAGAUAAAUAAGCCAGACAAGCAACUGUCAUCCCGUGCAGCAUUGCAAAAUAACCGUCCAAAGAAAAAGCCUGCCAGACCGUUUUCUUAUGUUGAAGAUGAUGAGGAUUCAAAGGCUCUUGACAUGAUUAGACAAAUGUUCAAUACCAAAAGGUAUGCUGAUCGGUAUGAUGACGACGACGAUGAUGAUUGUAUGAUGGAGGCAAACUUUGAUGAUAUCAUGAGGGAAGAGAGAAGAAGUGCAAAAAUUGCAAAGAAGGAGGACGAGGAGCAACUCCGCCUGAUAGAGGAAGAGGAGCGUCGUGAGCGGGAGAGAAGGUUGGCUAAGAAGCGUAGGCUGAGCCAACAUUGACUGAAUACAUGCUUCUUUUUUUUACUAUUGGAGUUUGAUGAAGUCCCAUCCAAUUCUCUGCAUCACUCCCUAUGAUGUAGUUUGGUUUCUCACUGUGGCCUUAAUCUCUCUCUUGAAGGAUGGGAGUUUGAAUUGUAGGAAUGUAUUUGCCAGUUAUAGAUGCAAAUUAAUUAUGGAUAAGAUGCGAAGGGUAUUUUGGGCAGUUGAAUUUCUUUCAGCUUAGGAAUAAUGUUGCAGUGUGGCCAAUUUAUUUGUAUCAUACUCGCCAAUGAAAAUGUGAUCUCAUCUGUCUGGCCAAAAUAUUCUUUUGGGAUUAAUUGGAGGUGGAACAGUGAACAAUACAUGAUGGAUAACUCAUUUCUAAUGGUUUAUUGGGAUGGCAAGUUUUAGUUUA